AUGAAGCUCGUCUCGACAUUCCUGCUUGCAGCGGCAGUAACAGCCUUGGCCACUCCUGGCAAGCUUCUCGGGACUUCCGAUGUCCAGCGGAACGCAUCGGGCCCCGGGUGCGGCCAGAACGCAGGCCAGCUGCUCCAAACAGCGCCGACCAGAUACGUCUCGGUCAACGGCACCAAGCUGGCCUACCGCCGCCUCGGGAAACACGCCUCCGGACCGCCACUCCUCUUCCUCACCCACUUCCGCGGGAGCAUGGACGUGCUCGAUCCGGAACUCGUCAACGCCAUCGCCGAGAACCGCGAGGUGAUUCUGUUCGACAACGCCGGCGUCGGCCACAGCGACGGCGUCGUGCCGGACUCGAUCAGCGCCAUGGCGGCCACGACCCUGGGCUUCCUCGCCGAGAUUGACGUCCCCAGGGCUGACAUCGUGGGUUUCUCGAUGGGCGGCAUGGUCGCGCAGUACAUCGGCAUGGAACACUCCGAAGUGGCGAACAAGCUGGUGCUCGCUGGCAUCCGUCCGGGAUACGGCCCCGACGUGGUCUCGACGCCGCCGGACGCCGCAUCCGGACCUGGAGGCGAGCCCGACAGACAGCCGACGGAGGAGUACAACCUCGGCAUCUUCUUCUACCCGUCCGAGACCAGCAGGGCCGCCGGUCACUCGUGGUGGAACAGAAUCUACGAGCGCCGCGUCCCGGGCGAAGAGAGGAAAGACUUCCUCGUCGGCGAUGGUGUCGCCGCGCAGCUGGCCGCCAUCACGGCCUUCGCCUCCGAUCCCGAGAUGUACGCCCGGCUCGCCAACAUCACCGCCCCGGUGCUGGUGACCAGCGGGCACGACGAUCUUUUGAUGGGGACGGCCAACAGUUUCGUCUUGCAGCAGCACUUGCCUGACGCGCGGCUGCACGUGUAUCCCGACUCGGCCCACGCUCAUCUGUUCCAGUUCCCGCUGGACUAUGCCGCGCAGCUGGAGCUUUUCCUGCGAGGUUGA